AUGAAUACGGGAACCCUUGGAAGCUAUUAUCGGCUGAGGAUUUUUGAUGAGUUGCCACUUGAAAUCAAGGAAAAUACCAAGGAUAGAAGCCAGGAGGGACCUUUCUAUUCGAUCUUGGAAACUGAGAGACUUUGUACUGCCUGGUUAGAACAAGCUUCUGGCCAUUAUGCCAUUUAUCCAGAGGCAGAAGGGACCCUCUUGCCUGUCACUAGAACACAGUUGCCAGUUUCAACAAAGAGCUAUAUUGUAUUGCCUAAAGAAACAGUGUUUCCUCUUACAAGGUACAAUCUUGGCUCCUCUGCCACGAGGGGGGGUGUUAUUGAAAAUGUGCUCCAGAGACCUUCCUAUUUAACCAGGAUGCAAAUUGCAUUGCUACAUAAUUCCCCCUGCUGA